ACAGCACCUGUUCUGCCGGCACAUUGUCUCAGAGACGCUCCGCUCUGCGCAUGGAGACACGCUGCUGCAACAUGAGAGCGCUGUGUUUGAACUUUGCCAUCACCUGUCUGUGGCUGCUCCAUUCUUCGGUCCAAGAAACCGCCCCGCCCUUGGAGUUCCAGAGCCAACAAUGGAGAGAAGAGGAAAGAGAAGCAGGAGACGCACUGGGAGCUGCUUUGAAAGUCAAAGACCUACAGAUCAUCUCCACCAAACAGAAAACUGCAGCUCACGGCACUCUGGGUCCGUAUGGAUGGCCUCAGAACUUUUCCCAGGCCCUGGAUCAGUAUCUGUACCGAUCUCCUCCUAAAUCCAAACCUCCUGCCAAAACUCCCACAAAGGCCAAGAAGAUCCUGGGCUGGGGAGAUUUUUACUUCAAUGUGAAAACGGUGAAGUUCAGCCUCCUGGUGACAGGGAAAAUCGUGGACCACAUCAACGGCACGUUCAGCGUCUACUUCCGCCACAACUCGUCUCGUCUGGGGAACAUAUCCGUGAGCAUCGUCCCGCCCUCCAAAGCUGUGGGAUGGGAGGUUUUGGAUCCAGCAGCUGAGGGUGUUCCCACCAAAAACCAAGUCCUGGUUCCAGAUCUGACGUCCCAGCUCCAGAGCCCGCCCCAGUCCACCAGAUCUCCUCCUCCAGAGCAGCAGAAGCAGCAGCCGGACGUGGUGAUGGUGACCGAGCUCAACUGCAGGAUCGAGUACCAGAGAACCAACCGGUCCAAGAAGACCAAGCCCUGCCAGUACGACCCCGGGCAGACCUGCUACUCAGAAAACACGCAGUCCCAGGCGGCCUGGAUCUGCGCCAAACCCUUUAAGGUCAUAUGCAUCUUCAUCGCCUUCACCGGCACCGACUACAGGCUGGUGCAGAAGGUCUGCCCGGACCACAACUUCCAGACGGCGCAGAACCAGCAGCACUUCGGAUAAUGGUUUCUCAGAAAUAACACACUGACUUUUCAUCUGUCUUUUUUUAAAUCAUGUGUUUAGUUUUGAAAUUAUAGGUUUGAGAUUGACUGUUUCUACUGUAUAUACACUGUCAGUGUGUGCAGCUUGGACCUUAUUUUUGUUUUAAUGACAUUUAUAUAUAAGCUUUGUGUUGUCUAAGCAUCUACAGAGAGCUCCACAUUGUCUUAAAAAAGCAGCCACUUGAUCCACGGUAUCACUUUUUGUGUACUUGUUUUGUAUAUAUGCCUACAAAAUGUAUAUAUGCGUUUAUAAGACUUGAAAUCUAUAACUUGAUUAUCAUU